AUGGACUUUGAUAGAGUAGUUUACUUCCUCUUUGCCACGGCGAUAAUUGCUCUCUUCUCGGCAGCACAGGCUGGGAGCAGUGUUUGCAGUGGCACCCAAGGUGAAAAUGAGUACAGGUGUGUAGAUUGGUCCUUCGGCUCUGAACUGAUGGCCUUCAAACAGUAUCAAUACAAGCAACAGACGGGUCAGGAUGUGUUAUUUGGUGUUGGAUCGUACGGUGCUCAAAACAAUUUGAACAUUGGAAAAUGCUACAAGUUCAACCUCAAUCCACCUACAAAGCCAAUCAUCGCACAGGUAACCAACUGGGGGGCUGAAAUUAGUACCAACCAGUUCGAUAUGCAAAUGGGUGGGGGAGGGUUCGGUGUCUGGAAUGCAUGCUCAGGACCGACCGAUAAAACGGCCAGCGAUAAUCGCCCAUGCAACACGAAUGACUAUCUGGAUAUUGCAGUUAGACCGCAGUUCGUUAGCGGCAAGUCUGAGUGGGGCCGGAGAUGCGGAGGCCAUAUCUACCGAACAGGUUGCAGAUCACUACCGAAAUGGCCGGCCACUCUCGAAUAUAGGCCAAGGCCUGCAGGAUCUUCCACAAAUGAGCCCAAUCUGCGCACUCUUUGCAAACGUUCGUUUGACUGGGGUGCGAGAAUUAACAACGGGAACAAGCAGAUCACAGGAGGUCAACGCGUUCCUUGCCCUCAGCAGUUUGUUGAGAUUACCAACCUGAAGCGCAGAGAUGAUAGUAGAUAUGAGCAGAUGCCUCGUGGAACGCUCACCAGUACCAUGGAUUGCUGCUCGCCUGCAUCAGCAUACCCGAGCGUUACUAUGGGCAACAAACUCUUACCGAAUCGCAACAGGAUCCGUCCUUGUACAAGGGAUGGCUACACUCGCGUGUAG